UUAGGUUAUGCGCUGUUAAGCUGUGGCCGCCACUAGAGGCGAGGAGAGUAGGGGUCUGAGCUACCGCUACUGCCGUCUCCAGAGAUUCCAUUUUGACCAUCGGACUGCAGCGAUAACAAUGUGUGUUCUGAAAUCCUGAGCCAUGAGUCUAGCACUUAAUGAUCUGCUUAUUUGCUGCCGGCAACUAGAAAAUGAUCGAGCUACAGAACGAAGGAAAGAAGUUGAGAAAUUUAAACGGUUGAUUCGGGAUCCUGAAACAGUUCAACAUUUAGAUAGGCAUUCGGAUUCCAGACUAGGGAAAUAUUUGAAUUGGGACGCUGUUUUUAGAUUUUUACAGAAAUAUAUUCAGAAAGAAACAGAAUGUCUAAGAACAGCAAAACCAAAUGUAUCAGCUUCAACACAAACCUCCAGACAGAAAAAGAUGCAAGAAAUCAGUAGUUUGGUCAGAUACUUCAUCAAAUGUGCAAAUAAAAGAGCACCUAGGCUAAAAUGUCCAGAACUCUUGAAUUACAUCAUGGAUACAGUGAAAAAUUCAUCUAAUGGUGUUAUUUAUGGAGCUGAUUGUAGCAACAUACUACUCAAAGACAUUCUUUCAGUAAGAAAAUACUGGUGUGAAAUAUCUCAACAACAGUGGCUGGAAUUGUUUUCUGUGUACUUCAGACUAUAUCUCCAACCUUCACAAGAUAUUAAUAGAGUUUUAGUGGCUAGAAUAAUUCAUGCUGUCACCAAAGGAUGUUGCUCACAAACGGACGGAUUAAAUUCCAAAUUUUUGGACUUUUUUUCCAAGGCUAUCCAGUCUGCAAGGCAAGAAAAGAGCUCUGUAGGCCUGAGUCACAUCUUAGCAGCCCUUACUAUCUUUCUCAAAACUUUGGCAGUCAACUUUCGAAUUCGAGUGUGUGAAUUAGGAGAUGAAAUUCUUCCUACCUUACUCUACAUUUGGACUCAACAUAGACUUAAUGAUUCCUUAAAAGAAGUAAUUAUUGAAUUAUUUCAGCUGCAAAUUUAUAUCCAUCAUCCAAAAGGAGCCAAAACCCAUGAAAAAGGUGCUUAUGAAUCAACAAAAUGGCAAAGUAUCCUAUACAACUUAUAUGAUCUGCUGGUGAAUGAGAUAAGUCAUAUAGGAAGUAGAGGAAAAUACUCUUCGGGAUCUCGUAAUAUUGCUGUCAAGGAAAAUUUGAUUGAAUUGAUGGCAGAUACUUGUCACCAGGUUUUUAAUGAGAAUAUCAGAUCCUUGGAGAUUUCUCAGUCUUACACAACUACGCAAAGACAAUCUACUAAUUACGGUGUUCCUUGCAAAAGAAGGAAAAUAGAACUAGGCUGGGAAGUAAUAAAAGAUAACCUUCAGAAGUCACAGAAUGAUUUUGAUCUUGUGCCUUGGUUGCAGAUUGCAACUCAGUUAAUAUCAAAAUAUCCCGCAAGUUUACCUACCUAUGAGCUGUCUCCGUUACUGUUGAUACUGUACCAGCUUCUACCUCAACAGCGACAUGGGGAACGCACACCCUAUGUGUUACGAUGCCUUACAGAAGUUGCAUUGUGUCAAGGGAAGAAAUCAAAUCUAGAAAGUUCUCAAAAGUCAGAUUUAUUGAAACUCUGGAUUAAAAUUUGGUCUGUUACCUGUCGUGGCAUAAGUUCUGAACAAAUACAAACUGAAAACUUUGGCUUACUUGGAGCCAUUAUUCAAGGUAGUUUGGUUGAAGUUGACAGAGAAUUUUGGAAGUUAUUUACUGGCUCAGCCUGCAAACCUUCAAGUCCUGCAGUAUGCUGUUUGACUCUGGCACUGACCACCAGUGUACUUCCAGAAACAGUAAAAGUGGGAAGAGAGCAAAAUAUCUGUGAAGUAAAUAGAAAUUUCUCUUCAAAGGAGUCAAUAAUGAGAUGGCUCUUACUCUGUCAGUUAGAGGAUGACUUAGAGGACACCACAGUGCCACCUCCAGUUCUUCAGAGUAAUUUUCCUCAUCUCAUACUGGAAAAAAUUCUUGUGAGUCUCACUAUGAAAAACUGUAAAGCUGCAGUGAACUUUUUCCAAAGUGUGCCAGAAUGUGAAAAACACCAAAAAGAUAAAGAAGAGCCUUCAUUCUCAGAAGUGGAAGAACUGUUUCUUCAGACAACUUUUGACAAGAUGGACUUCGUAAGCACCGUGAGGGAAUGUGCUGCCGAGCAGUGCCAGUCUAGCCUUGGUUUUUCUGUCCACCACAGUCUCAAGGAGUCGCUGGAUCGCUAUCUUCUGAAAUUAUCAGAACAGCUUCUAAAUAAUUACUCAUCUGAGGUUACAAAUUCAGAAACACUUGUCCGGUGUUCAAGUCUUUUGGUGGGUGUUCUUGGAUGCUAUUGUUAUGUGGGUAUAAUAACUGAAGAAGAAGCAUAUACAUCAGAAUUAUUCCAGAAGACAGGUUCUUGA